CCAGCUGGUGGACGAGAAGGAAAGGAAGAUCUGCCAGUGCUCCUCCGUCUUGCUCCAUCCAACAACUCGAGUAUGCUCCCCUGCAUUCUGUCACUUGGAUGCCUUCUCUGGCACGGGCGCGCGGCAGAUUAAUGCUCAGACCCUGUGGCUUUGUGCGAUUCCGCGCGAGGCGGACUCAUGAAGAUGAACUACUGGGACGUGGUCAUCGCCGACCCUGCCACACCUCCUCUGCGGCCAAGGACCGUCGAUGAACCCUCGUAUCAUGCCUCCGCUACCUCCGUCUCACGGCAUACUCUGCCUCCACGAGAAUUAUCAAACACAACUUACUCCCCCGUCACCACUUCUUACUCCCCUGCUAUACCGCCCACAUCUGCCACCACAUCUCCAACACCAGUCUACGCACCACGCCCUCACGAUUCAUACAACAACCGACAGCAACGUCAACACAUACCACAACCGUUGAUAUCGCCUCUCCCGUCCAUAAUCGAGCCAGCAAGCCCGAACACCGCCGCACUUGUGUACAAGAGAAUUACACCGUAUCCCAACCUGAGCAACCUCCCAAACUCAUAUACCGGCUUCCACCCAGCCCUGUACCCUGACGCGCCCGAGACACCUCUCAACUACAACGAAUAUGUUCACCCCAUACACCCCCACCGUUUCCACGUCGACCAGCAGUACCCCAAUAUUAAUGAGGCAUCUCCAGCAAGACGUGGACGUGCACCCAGCCCAGAAGAACCGGGAUACCCAUCCAGGCACGCGGGUGCGACCGAGAACCGCCCGAUGAAGACGCCCCCUACCGAAGCCCCACCCGCCGCUCUGGAUCCGUACGAUGAUUUCUUCGAGUUUGUUGCGGGAAGACAGGUGCCGCGUAGGCCCUGCGUGUAUGGACUGCCGAUUGAUGAAGAGGAACGAACGAGGCUCGAUAUAGGUCAUCAAAUGAUCCUCAGGGCACAGCCUGGCUUGUUCCUCGGUCCCGUGAAAGACGUACUGGAGUGUUCAUCGGGCGAUGACCGCAAACAUAUCCUCGAUGUCGGAACAGGAAAUGGUUCCUGGGCCGCGGAGGUAGCCAACCUUCACAAAAAUGCGAUCGUCCAUGCGAUCGAUCUAAUUCCACUCUCGCGGCAACUUCCAAAUAACGCCCACUUCUUUAGGCAAGAUGUAAAUCGGGGUAUUUCCAUGAAAAGCGAAAUGUACGAUCUUGUCCACGCGCGGAAUUUACAAUUGGGCAUACCUGAUUAUCCCAAGUUUAUCGAUGAGUGCGCUAGGGUACUCAAGCCCCGCGGGCUAGUGAAUCUGAUCGAGGGCGAUUGGGAUAUCUUCGACUCGGAUGGUAAUCCGGUUACGUUGUACAAGAACCCGGGGUGGUUCCACUGGAUACAGGCAUGGAGAGGCGCAGUCAUGCAAAAGAACAUCGACCUACAGGCGCCGCAGAAGACAGACCAGUGGCUCAAGGACUCGCCGUAUUUCACCGAUGUGAAGGCAACUGCGCACUGGAUGCCGGUGGGACCAUGGACAAAUGACGCGGACAUGAAUCAACUCGGCGAGGUGGUGUGGGAGAACCUCAAGUACCUCAUUCCUUCCAUUCGGCCAUUACUCACAGAGUACUAUCGCGGUGACCAAGUCACGGCCGAUAUCAUCGUGCAGCAUGCCUGGGCGGAGCUCGCAAGCCCUCAUUCCCAUGUUUUCAUGCGCUGGCGGUUCUUCUGGGGCCGAAGGAAUAACCGUCCCUAUCAUCCCGGCGGUCCUCUGCCGCGUAGACUGCGGAAGGGCAAGGAUAAGGCCACAGCUCCUGCUAAGAGUGAGCCGAGCAGCGCUCGAGCCUAGAUCAUCCCCCUAGCAUGUCCAGAUCAUACGCGAUAUACCCCGAGGAAUGAAUGUAUACAAAUCUAGAAACGGAUGGCGGCGGUAUCUCAUGUACAGCGUAACAAAUUCCCGCUCUUGU